CACUUUUCCAAAAUCACUCUUCCCAGUACACUCACUUCCAAUCCCCUUGCCCUUUUGUCGCUUUCGAAAUUCUCGAAAGAACACAUUCCCUCCAAAUCCUGCCGUGGACUCAUUUUCCUGUUGUUCUUUCGUGUUCACUGGUUUAGUGUUCUUUGUUCACUGAUUUAGGGUUCAUUCAAGGGAAAACUAGAGAUAGUUAAGAAGGGUUGUGACGUUUUGAAGAAGUAAUUGUUCCCUAGAGGACGUCGGAUUAAACAAUUUGGAUGUUUGUUCUCAUAUGAUUAAGAAUGGAAAUAAAUGAAGCACACAACACACCCUGCUUUGCAAACCCAGUUUUACAGUGGAGUCAAUGGCAGUUGCUUGAUUCUCUUCUACCUACCGGUGGAUUUGCUCAUUCGUUUGGCCUUGAAGCAGCAAUUCAGACUCGCUUAGUGUCUGAUUCCAAUGAUCUUAAGACAUUUAUCAUCCAUAUAUUGGAGAAUACAGGAAGCUUACUGCUUCCAUUUGUGCACUCAGCUUGCAUUUUGCCCAAUUUGGAAAACUGGCAUAAGCUUGACAAAAUAUUGGAUGCUACCCUAACAAAUGAAGUGGGUCGGAAGGCAUCAAUCUCGCAAGGAACUGCACUAAUGAGGGUGGCUUCAGCUGUGUUUUCUGAGGUUCCCUCCCUCAAAACCAUGAGAGAUGCUUCUCUGGGUUUAGGUACUGUGUCGUUUCACCAUGCUCCUGUCUUUGGACUUGUAUGUGGAGCACUAGGAUUUGAUAGUACUAGUUCUCAGAGAGCUUACAUGUUCAUCACAAUUAGAGAUGUGAUUUCUGCUGCCACUCGGUUAAAUUUGAUAGGACCCCUUGGUGCAGCACUGUUGCAGCAUCAGGUUGCUUCUAUUGCGGAAGUUAUAUUAGAAAAAUGGAUGAAUCGUGCCGCUGAGGAAGCAUGCCAAACAAUGCCUCUGCUAGAUACUGUGCAGGGUUGCCAUGGUUACUUGUUUUCAAGACUCUUUUCAUCUUAGAAGGCAAAAAGUUGAAUAUUGCAUUUCGUAUUCUGUUCAGUUAUAUCAGUUUCUUGUUUUAGAACUUCAGUGUUACCCACACUUUGAUGCGGAUUAUGUGAUUUGGGAAUUAUUUGUUA